AUGGUGGCUCACCGAAGCAUAACAGGCUAUUUUGGUGCACCAGUGAAGCAGCUGAAGAGGAAAGGAAAUCCUUCCGCAGAAAACACUGGGGUCAUCGAGAAAAAACAUUGUGACAGCCCAACCAUACCAGUUCGAAAGUUUAGGGUUUCUUGGAAAGAAACCUUCCCCUGUCGGGUAGUACAUGAUGUGAAUGACAACACACUAUAUAAGCAUAUUAUUACUUGUAUGAGUACUUUAUUGACACUUAAAAUACUGUAUGUUUUAUCUGAGUUCCAACAAUAAAUGGGUUCAUGCUUCUUAUCCAUUACCAUGCAUCAUUAGAACUUGGAUUUAACUCGACAUGCAAGGACAUCUAGACCUGAGCUUUGGACAAGUACAAAUAGAACCUUACUUGUCCAUUGGAGAAGUGAAGUUCAAUUUUUUUUCCAACCCUGGUUAACAUUCAAUGACUUUGCCUUAACCCUUUAAGUCCUGAUCAACAAAUUUGUACGACUUACUCUAGAUUCCCCUAGCUUCAGAGGCCUUGCAGUCCCUAAAUUGUUACAGCUGCCUACUUUUCCAGAGAUGGCCACCUACUUCAAAACAUUUUGAAAACCCUGAAUGACAUUGACUGCACCUCCUAAUCUGUGAUUACUUUUCCAAGCAAAAAUGAAUGACAACAGUUGAUCCAAACCUAUCAUAGAAAAUUUCCCUCAAUGUAAUGAAUGUUUGUGAGGUGGAUAUCAGGGGAAAAGCACAUGACCCUGGGAUCCUGUCUUGUCCACCCCUGCAGGGGUUUCGCAAUGUUUUGAAGUAUAGUACAGAACUAAGCAAACAACACAGACACGAGACUGACACAAUGGACAUGCCAGCUCAGAUGAACGUAUGCAUUGGCUCAGCAUCAGCUUGA